AUGCUCCUGAGAGAAUCUGACCGAGAGCAGCACUACUAUCUCCUGAAGGAGGAUCGCAAGGAAGAAGACAAAAACUCGGCCAACAUAUUCGAGAUUAAUCAAUUCUUCCAGGUGUCAAAGUAUCUCCCAACCACCGUGGAUCAAAUCGUCGCGGAAUUUCGUUUUCCGGUCGCGUUCGCAGACGCUUCACCGGAAGUCGUGGCUCAUAACGGAGUCAGUUCAACCAAGGGCUCACAUUUUCUGGAAGUCAAGAUCCCGAAUUCCACGGUGGAUCACCACAUUACUUGCGCAGUUCUCAAGGAGCCAUCAGGAGAAAAAGACGAGGACCAGCAGCGACAGGAAAACCGCGGCGUCGUCAAGAGAGAUGCUCCGAACGAGGGCUUCACCAUCUCGGCUUUUGCAGAGAAGUCGACCAGGCUCUGGUCCCGAGGAGACAGUGGCGGCAACAAAUUCCGGGUUGCGAACGCAGCGGAUGCAACAGUGGUGAACUGCUCCAGCGGGUCCUUCCGGUGCAAGACGGUUUCCUGCUCCCUGGGCCCGUUCCUGGGUUCCGGAGCCAACGUCCAGCUGUCCUUCCGGAUCAAAAUCGACCUGAGCGUCCUCGAGCCAAGGCUGGGGAAAAAUACGACAGUUGUGUUGGAAACAGAUGCUUUCGUUAACUUCGGCGGAUACAUGGCGGAUGUGAAAAGCUUAGAGGCUUUUGAUGUGAGGUCGGAUUACACUCAAGUUAUCACUGUUUUCAUGCCCGCUAUACCUGUCAAGAUGAAGGAGGUAGGAUUUUUCCGUCGUAAAAAGUUGGAGGAACUGGAAGAGCGACGAGCUGCAAGCGAACUGCUGAAGCAACAAGCUGCACAAGCAGCUGCUGCGACAGCAAGAACAACUUCAAGUGACGGUCACCUCGAAAGUCCAAGUCCAGCUCCUUGA